AUGUUAAUCUUAGCUGGAAUGAAGUUAAAAGAUUUAUCAGAAUAAACUUAAUAGCUUCAAUAAAAUAUUAAACAUUUAGAUGUUUCUGUAAUAUCUUUUUUGUCAUUUUAGAGUAAUCUAUUAAAGUCUGGAAAAGAUUUUAAUAUGUUUCCAAAUUUAGAAACCUUAAUCAUAGAUAAUAAUUACUUUUUCAGAUUAGAUGAUUUCCCAAUUUUACCAAAUUUGAUCACACUUAGUGCAAAUAAAAAUACAUUCAAUAAUUUUGACAUGUAAAAUCAAUAUAUAUAUAUAUAGGUUUAUACAACAUUGUAAAGAAAAGUUUCCAAAACUAACACAUCUAAGUUUAAUAAAAAAUCCUAUAUGCCCCAUGUUUACUUAAGGAGAAGAAGAAUAUGUUAAGUAUGUUAAAAUUUUAUCAAUAGUUAUCGAGCUAAAUUCAUUCAGGAACUUCCUUUAUUAAAGAAUAUAGAUGGUACUCCUGUAAAUCCAUAAGAAGCUGAUCCUAAUUUUUGGAAAUAAUAAUAGUAAAUCAAAUAACAGCAAAUAUAAGUAUAAAUUUCUGUUUAUUGUUUGUAGAAUUAUGAUGAAUAGAAGAGAGGAACUAUAGAUUAUAAUGCAAAAUACUAAAAACCUAAUAGUAAAACUGUAAAAACAAAAAGUGAAGGAAAUAGAUUUGUAAAAAAUACACAUUUAUGA